GAUGCGAGAAACAAGGAUCAAACAAAAUAUGCGUCGACGCUCUAGGGCAACAUCAGGCCGCAGAGACUUCGACAAAAGUUGCGACACGACUAGUUCAAACUACUUGCAGAAUGCCGAUGACAAUUCUUCUUGCUUCGCCGACACCUCUGCUCCCCGCCGCCAGCGUCGCAACAGCUAUCAUUAUACCCCGUCGACGGAUUCUUCAUGGAUUGACUCCGACGCACCAGUAGAAGAGACAGACGC